AUGGAGAAGCAAGACCUGACUCAAGCUGGUCAGGACAGAGCUGAUAGUGAGGCAGACCAUGACCCUGGACUCACUGGGGUCCCAGUGGUUACCCCCGCAGAAGAGUCAGAUGAAAUCGUGUUGGCUGCGGCCUUUCUGGUUUCCCAGACAGUCGCCAAAGCCCUUCAGGAGGCGAAGGAGGGCAGUCAGGAGGCCGCCCAGACCACAGUUGAGGAGGACAGAGAUAUCUGGUCAGCAGAGCAAGAGGAAGGCAUGGAGGAGGGGCAGGAGGAGGAGAAAGAGGAACAGGACUACGUCAUUGAGGAGGAGGAAGAUGAGGAUGAAGGGGAAGACUGCAACAAGGAGUUUAAAGCAUAGAAAGACAUGGAUGAAAGAGAAACAGUGUUCUUCACGGAUCUGAG